AUGAACGCUCAGGAGCUCUCCCAGUAUCUGGCGGAUGCCCCGCCCUCUGUCGUUAGACUUGAGAUCGAAAAGCACUUCAAUGCCCUGUCGGACAAGCAGAAGCGCUACGCUCACUACAUCAGCAAGGCCUCGUUUGCCGGUAACCGCAUUGUGCUCCGUCAGGUUUCCCCUGAGUCCGAGCACAUUUAUGAUUUCAUCCUCUCGCUGUACAAGGCUUCCGGAGGUGACUGGAAGGCGCUUGCCAAGAAGGCUGGUGUCGACGAGGAGGGCCUCACGGCUUUCCUGCACUAUGCGGCUCAGUUCCUGGGUAAUAGCGGCAACUACAAAAGCUUUGGAGACUCCAAGUUCAUUCCUCGCUGUGAUGAGUCUGUCUUUUCCGCCCUUGCUUCGACCUCUCCCGAGGCCGAGAAGCACUAUAAGGCCACCAACGGCGCCAUUUUCGCGACUGACAAGCCGGGCCUUCUGCAUCUCGGCUUCACAGAUGAUGGUCAUAUGACCACCUAUUACCCUGACUCUCCAGACAUCACUAAGGAUGAGAUCAGCGCUGUCAACAAGUGGAUGCAGGACAAGGGCCUGCUUCCCGAGAAUACCAGGCUGCGAAAAACCGCUGACGGUGUGUAUGAACUGCUGAUCGCCUCAGCCAAGACCGCUGUGCCGGAGAACGGUGGUGAUAUUGGCAAAGAGACUGAAUUUGUGGUCAGUGAGGGGGUGCUGGCAGGCAAGACCAUCAAGCUGGUCUACGGAGACUACUCUAAGGAGAUGGAGGCCAUCACUAGCUACAUCAGGAAGGCAGCUGAUAACGCUGAGAACGAGACCCAGAAGAAGAUGCAUCUGGCGUAUGCCAAGUCUUUCGAGGAGGGCUCUCUCCUGGCUUUCAAGGACAGCCAGCGGCACUGGAUCCGUGAUCAAGGCCCCAUGGUCGAGUGCAACAUCGGCUUCAUCGAGACCUACCGUGAUCCUGCAGGUGUGCGCGGAGAGUGGGAAGGCUUUGCGGCAGUUGUCAACCUCGAGAGAACCCGUGCCUUUGGAGAACUAGUCCAGUCGGCUCCUUCUCUGAUCCCGAAGCUGCCAUGGUCCAAGGAAUUCGAGAAAGACAAGUUCCUGUCUCCGGAUUUCACGUCACUGGAGGUGCUGACCUUCUGCGGUUCCGGUAUUCCCGCUGGCAUUAAUAUUCCGAACUAUGAUGACAUCAGGCAACAAGAGGGAUUCAAAAACGUUAGCUUGGGCAACGUUUUGAAUGCGAAGCUUCCCGAUGAGAAGCUUCCUUUCCUUCUUGAGAGCGAUAUCGAACUGUUCAAGAAGUACCGCGAUGCUGCUUUCGAAGUCCAGGUUGGCCUUCAUGAGCUCACAGGCCACGGGUGUGGCAAGCUGCUCCAGGAGACUUCCCCUGGUGUCUACAACUUUGAUAUUGUGAAUCGUCCAGUUAGCCCUCUGACUGGGCAGCCAGUUACCACCUGGUACAAGCCCGGCGAGACCUGGGGCUCUGUGUUUGGUGGUCUCGCUGGCGCCUACGAAGAAUGCCGUGCUGAGCUGGUCGCCAUGCACUUGAGCUGCGAAUUCGAGACUCUGAAGAUCUUCGGUUUCGGUGACGGCACGGUCGACAUGGACGGUGUGGCUGGUGACGUGCUUUAUGUCUCAUACAUUGGCAUGGCUAGAGCAGGCCUCACCGCCGUCGAAUUCUGGGAUCCAAAGAGCCAGAAGUGGGGGCAGCCUCAUUGCCAGGCUCGCUUUGCAAUUUUGAAGGCGAUGCUCCAAGCUGAGGAUAACUUCUGCAAGCUUGAGUACAAGAAAGAGGACCUUUCUGAUCUCGUUAUCCGCGUUGAUCGCUCCAAAGUCUUAACCAGCGGCCGGAAGGCCAUCGCCAACUUCCUCCAGAAGCUCCACAUCUACAAGUCAACUGCCGACGUUGAAGCCGGCAGCAAGUUCUUCACCGAAAUGUCUUAUGUUGAUCCUGAGUUCUGGGGCACAAAGGUUCGCAAUGUGGUCCUCGCGAACAAGCAGCCGCGCAAGGUGUUUGUGCAGGCAAACACCUACCUCGAUGAGGCUACGGGCCGGGUCACGAUCAAGCACUACGAUCCUACCCCUGAGGGUAUGAUCCAGAGUUGGGCGGAGAGAGAGCUUGAGGCGGCCAAUGGCACUGCCUCGCGGUUGUAA